AUGGAUGAAAAGAACAUUCCAACUACUGAACAAUUGACGUUAUUGAUAGCUUUGGAAAAAGAAAAACAAAAAACAGCAAAUGCAAAUACAAAAUUAGAAGAAAUAAAACUAAAACGAUUAGAAUUAGCAGAAGCAAACAAACAAAGGAAACGAAUGAAAACAGAAGACAAUCGAUAUUCAUCAAGAAUUGAUAAAAAUUUGUAUUUAACAUUCUGUAAUGGUGGUUUUUACAGUUAUUGUGUACGUCCUUAUAUGAAAUUCUUCAAUAUUACAUCUUUAGUAGAUUAUAAUAAUAAUGUUAAUGAUGAUAUGAUUAAUAUUUUCCAAAAAUAUUUUAAUCCUUUAAAAUCAAAUAAGAAUUUUUCAGAACGUAAAAUUCAAGAACUAUUUAAUAAAUCAAUAACAGAAUUAUUUUCUCGUUAUAAUUCUUCGACAUCAUUGAAAUUUGUCAAUUCACCUAAACAGAAAACUGUAUAUGACAACAAAGCUCCUGGUUAUUGUUUUACAUUCAAAAAUAUUAAUAUUGAUAAGAAGAACGAAUAUGAAACUUUACAAGAUUUUAUUGUUUGUGUUGGUGAAUUUAAAGCAUUAACCAACUCUAUUGACUCCAAUGAUUCUAUAGGAGAACUCUUACGUUAUUUGACUCUUAUAUUAGAUGUACAAAAUCGUGUAAAAAUUUAUGGAUUUUUAACUAAUAUUAAAUUUAUGAAAUUUUUUUAUGUUACAAAAGAUCCAUAUUCAAGUUUAUGUCAUUAUUAUCAAAGUACUGAUAAAUUAGAAAUGAUAACUGGUUUGCAUAAAUCAUCAUCAUCGUCUACUAGUUCAAAAAUAAGUGGUAAACAAUCAGAAGAAUACCUUUUUAAUAGAGAUGCAUGGAAAAUAUUUAUAAAAUUUUUGACAAUGGAUUGGAACUUUUAUGAAUAUAGAAUGUUAAAUGUAAAACCUGAUGAUUAUUUAUAUGCUGAUAAAUUUAAUAUAAAAACAAGAAUAGGAAAUGGUUUAACUUCAAUGGUUUAUUUAUUAGAAAAAAAUGUUGAUAAUCUAUCUAUUAUUGAUCCAAGAUCUUUAGUAUUAAAAAUUUGUAAAAAAGAUAUAUAUAGAGAAUAUUUAAAAAAUGAAUAUGAAAUAUUAAAAAUGUUAAAACAAUCAAAUAAUUCAAACAAUUUUGAUUUAUUUUUUGAAGAUGUUUUUCAAACACCACUUACAGGUAAUUUUUUAUCAUUUCAAAAUUAUUUGAAAUCUAUGAAAUUGAAAUCAUUGCAAAUAACUGAAUCAAAACAACUUAUUGACAUUAUUGAAUAUUUAUACAAUUCUAAUAUUAUUCAUAGGGAUUUACGCCCGGAAAAUUUGAUGUAUGAUAUUGAUCGAAAGCAUUUAAAAUUAAUUGACUUUGGUUUUGCUGCGAUUUUCGAAAAUGAUGAAAUGAUAAAAUCAUUGCCCAUUCGAGGAACAAUUUCAUAUGCUGGUCUAAAAUUUCUAAAAUUUUAUUCAAAUUUAUCAUUUAAUAUAGGAAUUAAUGAAUAUUAUGAAUAUGAACGUACUUUUGAUCUUGAAUGUGCAUUAAAUGUGAUUAUGUUUAUGACAGAUUCUACGAUCGAAAAUAAAAUAAAUUUAAUUAGAGAAGAAUCAUUAAACGUUGUAGAUAAAUUAAACAGAUUAUAUGAAUUUUGGUCUGAUAUAAAGAAGAACAAUAACGGUUAUGCAAAAUUAUUAAAAUUAAUUAAUAACUUGAAAUACGCAUCAGAAUUUCAAAAUAUUAAAAAUGAAAUUGAAAACCUUCCAAUAGUUAAUCAAAAGGUACAUGAUGGUUAG